AUUUGGCAUUUCGGGAUUAUAUUCCACCGACAUGAGGUGAACAGCGUAAUUAUCGGUGGUUACUUUCGAAAAGAAACAAAGCAUACGAUGGGAGAAGAUUUGCAAUUAUAAUUCUUCAAUGUUAGCUCCUACCUGAGUUUCACAUUUGGUUGAAAAGGGUACUACUUUCGGCCUAUUAUGUCCGCAGGUUCUGGAGAUAAAUUGUCGAGUGAUCUUCCUUCUACACAGGUUGAGAGCACUACUACUACCACUACCACAGGAAAUGGGCAAAGUCCCUCUGAAACUACCACCACUUCAAGCUCCAGAUCCCAGUAUGUGGUGGCGGAGGAGUAUACAGUGGGAGUACCACUGUUUCGACCAAAGCAAGAACUCCUUACAUUUUUGCAAUCAGUUGGAGCCACAGGAGAAAUCUUUACAAGAAAAGAGAUCUGCCAGUUCCUGAAGCAGUACAUUGGGAGCCACAGCCUGUAUGACCCUUGUGACCCACGACUCGUCUACUGCCAGGGGACAUCACUGGGACAAGUGUUUGGGGUUGAUAAGUUUACCAUCAGCGAUGUGCUGGAUCUCAUUGGGAAAAACUGUUACCAAGUCCCAGAUACUUGCAUCAAACGUAAAUGUCAUUAUGUGACAAGGCCUUUACAAGGUAACCAUGGCAACCCAACUGGACCUGCCCAGUCAGCAGUACCACAUCCUAUCUUCCCUAGCCACCAGGGAGUUGCUAGUUCCGGAAGUGGUUCCCUAACGAUAGAGGUAUGUCGGGCAUCACCAAUUGUUACCAGUAGUACUGGCCCACAUACCACCUCUAAGGGACGAAAGUCACCCAAAGGUGCUGGUGCUGCAGAAGAAGCAACUUCUCACCCUCAGGACAUUGCUCCAGUUGGGACAGGCAAGAUGUCAUCAAAAACCAGCACAAAAAGGAAACGUAAAGAUACUGGAGGAUCAAGUGGAUCUUCGGACAACAAGCGACGCCCAGCUUCGGUCAGCAUCACCUACAACGAGCCUGACACAGAUGGCUCUAGGUACCCUUGGUACUUUCAAGUCAAGAUGGAGACGACGGACGAGGAGAGUGAGGUUCUAAGUAUACAGGGGAAAGAGACGACGCGAGUUGAGGACUCAACAGAUGAUAUGUGGUUUGUGGAGGAGGAUGAGUCCGUAACUGUUAACUCUCUUGCUGUAGAUGUAGAUUCUGAUACUUUCUCCGUUGAGUAUGAGCUGGAUUCAGAUGACACUGACAACAGCAAUUCUUCUGAGUCAUCAUCACCAUUUUCUGGAGGGGAUGUGUUGGUGGUUUGCAAUGACAGUGAUGUCCAGUUUUGGGCUGACCACUCUAGUGGACCAGAGACAGACACAGAGCUUUCAGAUGAGGACAAGUGGUCUUGUCAAGAAUGCCAGACAAAGAAUUCUCCAACGCAAAGGUACUGUUCCCGAUGUUGGAAACUGCGUCCUGAUUGGCUGCCAGACCGUGAGAAUGAGAAGCGUCCAUCCAGGUUUAGUAAGAGGCGGGUUAAAGCUGUCCCAGGUGAGGUGUCAUCAUCGGAUGGAGAAUUACUGGAUUCUGGUGUUUACACAAGUUGUAGUUCUGUCACGCCGACAUGCAGUCAAACAACCACUGAAAAAUUAGACACACUUGAAGAGUCUAAAUCGCACAAACAGGAAACGAUAUCAUGUCCAGAGAAAGAAAUCUCACUAAAAGACAGCCCACAGGCGAAGUUUAUUGGAAUGAGGCGAACUUUCCUAAAUUAUAGAUCUUUGAGCAAUAGUUCAAAAGAAAAAGAUGAAAUAUUGACUGAAAAUUUUGUUGAAGACAAGAUCAUUCAACCAAACACUGAAUCUCAAGCAUCAGAAAAAUUGUCUUCAGGAGAAACAAUGGUAUGUGGUCCUGAAGAAAAGGUUUCACAGCAAUCAAAUAACUCCAGAUCAAGUAUGAUUCUGCAACCAUUGCCUAGCGAUAUGUGUAUGACGUGUCUGUGUCGUCCUAAAACAGCGAGCAUCAUCCAUGGCAGCACAGGGCAUCAAGUUUGUUGUUUUAAGUGUGCUCGUCGGCUGAAACGUCAGAGGAAACCCUGUCCAGUUUGUCGAAGACCUAUACAGAAAGUUAUCAAAAACUUCAUUUUGUAAAACUGAUGCUGCAAAAUAACUUUAAAUGUCAUUUCAUCUUGCAAAAAUCUCAGUUUUUACCUCAUCCUUCCAUCAAAUGUCUGAUUAUUUUGUUUUAUGUGAAAAAAUGUAAUUUUUAUUUCUAUAUAUUUCCAAUAUUUUGGUUUAUUUAUAGUGCGGUACAUUGUACCAUCAAAUUGGAACUUCAUACAUGUAAUCAUUCCUUGGAUGUUUAACUAUUUAAUGCAUAAGAAAUGUAUCCUGAUAUUUAAUUCUAUUUUGAUAAAAAAAAUAAACUUAAUUGCUUAUAUAUUUAUUUAAAAGGGAAAGCCUAAUUAGUUCAUAGAUAUAUUUAAAUUAGGAUCGUCAGACUUCCUAAAAGUGUCAUUUUUUGCAUAUUCAGACAUAAUGAUGUUAUUAUAUUAGGUAAUGCACAGCUAUUAGAAUAAAUAUUUAACAAGGACAAACAAAUUUUGUGUAGGUUUUCUAAGAAUCAAAAGUACUGAGAUUGUAUUUAACAACUCUCUGACAACAGAAUCCCUAUACAUUGUUCCUGUUAUUUGACAAUUAUGGCGUUGAUGUAGCUGUUCAGCAGUUCAGUUCUGAUCUCAUCUCGUUCCUACUUGUAUCCAUAAAGAAAUUAAACAUUUUUUUGUUGUGAUUGAAAAUUAAAUAUGAAAAUAGAUGAACAAAACAAAUACCAAAUAAUACUUCAGAGAUGAUUUAAUAAAUUUUUCCAACAUUCACUCAAGUAUUUAUGAAAAUGAAUUGUUGGAACUGAUAGUGAAAUUUAGCACCAAACCCUUGGAUGUUAAUCAGUGGAACUUAAGUGCAGCAGUUUUAAUAUAUGUUAAGGUUUUUCAUCUACUGUAAACAUGAUAAUGUAUAUACUGUACAUACAAUCAUUAUAUUUAGCCAAAGUUUCCUUUUGCCCUGGACAUUAGACUUUUUGACAGACAUGUUUUGUAUAUAUCAGUCAAAAUGUCUACCGUCUGUUGUGGGUGACCGAGGAAACUUGGGCUUCCUGAUAUUGUAGUAAUUAUCAAUGCAAUGCUUUUCAAAAAUGGUACUUGCGUUUUAUUGGGUGUUUGUGUAUGUCUGUUUUCACACUACCUCAAAUAAUUCCCAGUGUUCAAAUUUCUUUCUUCUUCAAGUGAUUUGCUUUUGGUUUCAAUUAAACCAUAUGUGUUACUGUAAAUGUGGACAUUUCAGUGGUAAUCUUAUUUUAGCACUUUUUGAGCUGAAAUAUUGCGCCAAUUUAAGUUUUUGGUAUACAUUCAGUAAUCAUUGCAGAUGUGCUAAUUUAUCAUAGUGUAAUUUGCCAAAAAGUGGUCAUGUGCUCAAAUUUGAUCGCAUCAAAUUAGUUUAUCUACAGUAUGUUUAGUUUAGAUAAAAUUGGAAAGUUGUUCAAGUUGAUCCAGGCUUUGCUUUUAAAUCUUAUGUUAAUAAUAUAGAAUAUGUCUUAUAGCAAUUGACGACCAGGAUAGUGCAAUGUUAAAAAGGUAAAAUGUGUUCCUAUUUUUACAAAGGCCAUUAUCAUAAUCAUCAUUUAUUUUCAUGCAAAGUUUUUUUACAGUUCAAUAUGAAGCUAUUUUGUUUUCAAAAUUUUCUCAACAUUAGGGUUUUCUGGAUACCAAGAAAUUAUUUUAAUUUUUAUUGAACGAUGAUUCAUAGUACAUUAUUGUACAUCAAAGUGUCUGGUUGUAUAAUAAACAGUGGGAAAUAUUACUUUCAAUGGUUAAUAAAUUUCUCGGUUAACUUGAAAACAGGUCAAUAAUUGUUUUAUAAUAUGAUGACAACCCAUGCUUCCAAUUGGUCAAAAAUUUCAGCACAGAUUAGUGGAUUGUUUUACUUGUAUGUGAAAUGCCCUACAUGGGUUAUACUUUUAUGUUUUCAAGUCCAUGUACAGAUUCUUCCUGUUACAGUGUAACAUUACAAUAUAUAUUUAGACCUAUAAGAGGUAUUUUUACCAAUCAGUUUGUAGGAAAAACAUUAGUCUUAUAACAGUUCUUGUUAACCUUAAUACACGUCACACAGUUUUAGAGUGAUUAGUCAUGUUUUUCUCCUGGGUUCAUAGUGCUAAAGAGCUGCACAUAAAAGUGUUAAAUUGUACUUUCUCAUUUAUACAAAUUUUUGUAUUUAAGUGUACAUGUCAUUUUACAUGUGUAAGCCAAACAUGUACAUCUUGGUGUGUAUAUGUUAUCUUUUUAAAACAGAAUCAUUUUUAAUAAAAAAAAUUCAGGAAGAAAUGAAAUUUGUAGUAAAAUUCAGGGUUACACAUAUUAAGUUAUGUGAGUUGGGUUUAGUUGUGAAACGGAAUGAAACCCCUUUUUGCUUAGGACUUUCUAGUUAAAUGGUAAUGGUUAAUUUAUGAAAUAUGGACAGACUUACUGAUCAUAGUUUUGUUUCCUUGCAAGCCUUGACAAGCCUCCUGAGGCCAGUAUUGAUGACUUCGGGUCUGAAAUUUUACAUUUAAAAUCUUGCCAAAAUGGUUUUUUUCAUGGCCCAUGCUUGUAUGGAAAAUUGACAUAUAUAUGUAUGUGUUGUUGUAAGCUGCUGUCAACAUUUUAUUUGUUAAUAGGACAAUAUAUACAAAAAAAUGAAAAAUAUUCUUUUUUUUUUAAAAGAUAUAUUAAAAUCUGUAUAAGAUGAGCAUGGAUCAUUAUUGUCAUGUCUGUCCAUCUGUUUCAUGGUCAUUUUGUUAUAUAUUUUCUGUAUAUUGUUAACUGGUAUAAAUAAAUGUUGUACUUGAA